AUGCACGGUGGGUUCGAGUUCAGUAUUGGGGCGUGCGAUGGCGCGGCUGAUUAUUCAGAAGAACGCACGGCGACAAUCCGUGAGCGAACCGGAGCUUUGACUCUCACCCAUGUGUCUGUGACUCCUGAUGUGGAGCAUACUUGGUACAGCUCUGCUGGUAACAAUACUUACCAGCUUUCUUGGGCUGUCCACAUUACUGACUAUAUCGCGAAGCUCGCGAUUGUUUCGAUAACUGAGAAGCAGCUGCUCUUUAGUCCUACUAUUUUAGAGAUUACUUAUGAGGGCUAUGUCACCUUUAUUGGCGUCUUCCUGUCUGCUGGGGUUGCGGGUUGUGAUAUGGUUGAGAUUGUGGGGUAG